CGCCCAACGAUCCCGAGUCUACCAGGGCCCGAAGCGGGUGCCCGUUCACGUGUACCACAAUCACCAAUGGCUUUGCAACAACGGUAUCCUUUGACUUCGGGAACGAGGCCGAUCGUGCGAUCCCGGGCAUCUUGUCCGCUGGCACCUGCGCGCCGUGACAAGCCAGGGCGCAGGGUACGCCUUCCGUUGUUACCAUGGUUUCUCGCGAAAACCACCAGCUGUCCGGCGGCACCAUGGGUCAGCAGGUUGACCAAAUCCAGUCUCGGGUUCAAGAGCUGUUUACGUGGCACUUCUACUCGCGUCAGGCCCCCGCUGUCCUGGAUCUCGAAGACGUACAAGACGGUUUCCACAUGCUUCCGGGUACCGAGACACCAUCUCGUCCAAGUAGAAGCUUAGUUGUAUCCCCAGCAGGUCGUCAACCGCGAUUCGAUGUUCCCCGGACAGUUCUUCUGCCGGUAUGGACAGUUGCUCGCUUACCCGGCCGGAAUACCAGGCGCCUAACUCGAAGCGCCGAUUCUCCAGCAUGGAUCUCGGCAGGACGAAAUCACGCUGAACCUUUCCCCGGAGUCACGCGGCAUGUGAUUGUUUACGCUGUCGUCGCCAGGGUAUGGCUGACAGAACUCCAGUAGACAUCGUAC